UCCUAUCCUAGUGGAGCUCUCAACGCAACAAGCAGCACCUGCGACUGCGACUCAACACCCUGUCGGCAUCGAUCUGCAGCUCGAGUUAGCUCUCAUCACUUCCGAGGAUCACCGGCGGUCACAGCGCCCAUUCCACGCUCGCCGCCGUUCAUGGAGCCCGUGUUCGCCGUCGCGCAAGAAUCGUCAGUGCCGCCACAGCAGCAGCCGCAUCGGUUGGGCGAGACGAUGCCGGUCCAGGGCGGGGGCUGGCGCCGCCCGGUGCGCUGCGCGCUCGCCGUGGCCCUCUUCCUCGCCGUGACCGGCAACUUCGCGUUCGCGGCGUACCGCGCGCGCCACCGCUCCCGCGACCUCGCGUUCGUGCUCGUCGUGUACUUCCUACUCGCCCUGCUCGUGUGCUGCGUCGCGAGGCUCGAGCAGCUGCGGCGGGACCCCGCCGCCGCCGCCGCCAGGGUGACCGAGAGGCGGUGGCUCAGGAUAGGGGUGUGGGGCGUCUCGGUGGCGCUGGCCAACACGUUCGCGUCGCGCGUCGCCGACGCCAUGCCGAGGCUGGCGCUGAAGCUGGUGGUGUGGGGGUUCACCGCAGUGGUCCUCGGACUCGGGUUCUACUUCCUUUUCUUCAGCAAAGAUGCUGAUCACUACUGCGACGGGGAGCUCGGCCGUGGCCAAGCGGAUGCCGGCCGCCGGCCGGCGACGGCUUUGCACGAACUGCCCCCGGAGGAGAAGGUCUAAUGAAUCAUGUGUCAUGUGUGCAAGCCCGCGCGCGUCCUGGAAUCGGGGAAUCUCGCUAUUCUUUUGUUCUUGUGGCAUUUCAAAUAAUUGUGUACAUUCUGUGUCGUGAAGCAACAAAGAUCACAUAGAACCCUGUAAUGUAAUCCAGUUAACGAAUAAUCCAUAUCAUUAAUCUUUCUUUAA